GGAUAUGUCUCCUUUAAGUGAAAACAAACGACAUUGCAUACAGUUGUUCUAUGUGCUUAUACAGAGUAGUAAAAAGGAGCAAGGAAAACUGUAUUUUGAAGUUUUGGCAAAUAAGAUUUAAAGAGGUGAUUCACCUUGAAGAUGGUGGAGAGAUAUGUAUAAGGUUAUUGUACCUUCCAGGGUGAAACAGAUCUGCUCCUAACCAUACUUGUAGGAAAUAACUGAGGUUUAACAAAAGAAGACCCAGAGAACACUUUUUAAACAUUCUCUAAAGAUGAACAAGAAGCAGAUAACUGAGAAGAUCUUUAAUCAUGCUCUGGAAAUCAUUUGUCUACUAACCGGCGAGGAAUGUAUGGUGGUGAAGAGAAAUAAUGAGGAAGUGCACAGUAUCUUCAGCAAUGCCCCAAACCCUAUUGUGGAACAAAGUAUUCACUCACAGGACAGAAAUGAUAACCCACUGUUAAUAAGAGAGAAGAUCUUAGAGCUUGGUUGCAAAAUAAUUCAGCUUCUGACUGGAGAGUUGUUUCUGAAAGAGUGGAAAUAUUUUGAAGAACACAGAAAUUAUUACAGAGAUGUCAUAACAGAGAACCACCAGCCUUUAAACUCCAUGGGUUACAGCAACGUGACGCCAGAGAAUUUACAAAUCAAGCAAGAAGAGAGCUCUUUACUGAAAAAGUUUAAAGAUAGUCAGAAUGAAAUUCAUGAAGUUAGUUCCCAAGCACACUUAAAUGUAAAUCCAGCAGAUGAAUUAGAUAUUAAGCAAGAAGGCGAAAACAUGAUGGGAGAUUCAAGAGACUGUGUGGUGAUUCCAGAUGAUACUGAUCAAGCAUACUUAAAUGUAAAUCCAGCAGAUGAUCUAGAUAUUAAACAAGAAGGUGAAAAUAUGAUGGGAGAAUCAAGAGACUGUGUGGUGAUUCCAGAUGAUACUGAUCAAGACUCUGAUGUUAAAGAGGUAGAUGGUCAAGUUGCUGUGUCUCCUGUAGAAGGAGCUUGGAUGGAAGAUGACUUUCGCCAGUGUUUGUAUAAGGAAAACAGUUUGCCGUCAAGAACUUCCCACGGACGCUGUGAUAUUGCACAAGGGAUUUUUGCAAAUAGUAUUAAAAAUAUUAUUAAAGAACAGUGUUUAACAGAUCAUGAUACAUUUCUUGCUGAAGGAGAUAUACAAAUUGUGCAGUUAAAUCAUGGUGAAACAGAAGAUUCUGGUAGCAAUAGUGACCACACAAAUUGUCUUCUAAACAAACACUUAAACAUAGAUAUUCAUGAAGCAAGUAAAAAAAAUGACUACUAUGUAAACACUGACAUGGGGAAAAGAACAACCCCCUGCAACUUAAUUACAAGCAAAACUGCAAAGAACGAAAAACCAUUUAUUUGUUUAGACUGUGGCAAACACUUUGCAUGUAAUACCCACCUCACUAACCACAUGAAAAUCCACUCUGGAGAAAGGCCAUAUUCAUGCAAUGAGUGUGGCAAGAGUUUUACCCGAAAUGCCCACCUUGGACGACAUCAGGCAUCCCAUACAGGAGAGAGGCCCUUCUCUUGCUCAGAAUGUGACAAAAGUUUCACUCGCAGUUCAUAUCUCAUAGUACAUCAGAGAUCUCACUCAGGGGAGAAACCAUUCAGAUGUGAAGAAUGUGGAAAGAACUUUACUUCCAACACUGAUCUUCUGAAACAUCAGAUCAUCCACAAAGGGGACAGGCCAUAUGUAUGUGGUGAUUGUGGAAAAAGUUACACUCAUGGUUAUAAGUUUGUUAUCCAUCAGAGAACCCACACUGGAGAAAGGCCAUUCUCUUGCAAUGAAUGUGGAAAAAGCUUUAUAAGCAGAUCAAACUUUGCUGCUCACCAGAAAAUACACACAGGACAGGGGACCUAUAUUUGCAACGACUGUGGAAAAAGUUACCUUAGUAGAUUCCAUCUUGCCAUUCACCAAAGGACACACACAGGAGAGAGACCAUAUGCCUGCAGCCACUGUGGGAAAGGUUUUAUUUCUCGUGCAGAUCUUGUUCGCCAUGAAGUCAUUCACAGACCACAGCGACCGCAUGUAUGCAACCAGUGUGGGAAAAGGUUUACACAAAACACUCAUCUUGUUAGACAUCAAAAAAUUCACAGGUCCUAGAUCUGUUAGGAAAAAUGUUUUUCUUUAUCAGACAUUUUUAUUUUGCUGACAUUUUAUCAAAGACAUCUGCUAAUCCUGAAAUAGCAAGAGAGCAGCUGAACCCCUAGCGACCAAAAACACAUUUUUUGUACAUUUGUAGAACUGUCAUGCUUACCUCUGCUGAUGCAAGAUGUACGCAUGAAUGCAGGAUAUCUAAAGAAAGAAUAUCUUGUACAUCUAUAAAGUAUGACAAUAAAUUAAAUACAAUGUUACAUAUAAAUAUGGUAUAUUUCCUUUAAUUCUUCGAAACAUUAAUUUAGUGCUCUGUAUAUAGUGGAUGUAUGCCAGUGUGAGAAUAAAUAAUGUCCUUAUAAGA